CGUUUACAUCCGUUCGCCAUCAUGGGGAACUGUUUCAGUUAUGAUAGUAUUAAUAUCAAAGCAAUGGGGACAAAAAUGAUUGCCAAAAGUGGUUUCAACCGUCCAGACUGUAUAACUAUUAAUAAAAACGACGUGUUGGAAAUAAUUGAGGGGGGUGAGACCGACGAAUUUUUGCUGGUUAAGAAUAAUACGACGGGAGAAAAGGGCUACGCCCCCAGACUUCUACUGGUUUACGAAAUGAGUCUCGAAAGUGAAGACUGGUAUUACGGAGCAAUUUCGAGGGCCGAGGUGACAUCACAAUAUUUAACCGAAUCUGUGAAGGAUGGCACAUUUUUAAUAAGGAAAACCAAUAAAAAUUAUCCUUAUGCGUUAUCGGUGAAAACAACGAUAGAUGGGCAAUGUGUAGUUAAACAUUAUAGAAUUUUUAAUAACGAGAACCAUGAGUUUUAUAUUUCGCCGGAGGCACCUUUCACCACUUUGGCGGAUUUAGUAGAAAAAUACACAUAUAACGAUUAUAAUAUUUGUUGCAAGCUGACGGAGCCCUGUCACAAAGCAAUGAGACCCAAUGUAUAUUCCUUAAGUCCUCUAUACUCAUUAAACUGGGAAAUUCCUCGUGCUGAAGUGGAGAUUGGCGAUAAAAUAGGGUCAGGACAGUUUUCCAAUGUAUACACCGGAACGUGGAAGGACAAGAAAGUAGCUAUUAAAAAAGUGACAGCUUGCACCGAAGAAGAAAUAUUAAACGAAAUCGGAAUAAUGAAGAAGCUGCGACAUCGGAACAUAGCGGUUAUCUUUGGAUAUUGUCAGACGGAGCCCAAACUAAUAGUGACCGAGUACAUGGAGUACGGUGAUUUAAAACAAUACUUACAGAAAACGCAGUUGUUGCUCAAAGAUUUGAUUUAUAUAUGUUUUCAAAUUGCCGACGGAAUGGACUAUUUGUCCUCGAGGAAUAUUGUACACAGAGACUUGGCAGCACGUAAUCUUUUAGUCGGUGAGGAUCUUGUUAUUAAAAUUAGUGAUUUUGGACUAUCUAGGCAACAGAAUGAACGGGGAGUUUAUAUUAUUAAGAAUCAAAACGUCAAAUUAGCAGCCAAAUGGAUGGCACCCGAAGCUUUGGACGACGACGAAAUCACGUCUAAAUCGGAUGUGUGGUCAUAUGGAAUAGUGUUAGUAGAAGUUUUUACAAAAGGAGUUGAUCCUUACCCUAAAUACCACGAUCUUUAUCAAUUAAAGAAAAAAAUAGAUUUCGGUUAUCGAAUGGAAAGACCUGACGAAAUGCCUAAAAAUAUUUACAAAAAAUGCCUGCUUUGUUGGAAUACAGACCCAUUGGAGAGGCCUACGUUUGCAAGUUUAAAGUCCUUUUUCGAAGACUACAAUUGCUAAGACGUAACUGACAUUCAGUGAGUAUUGUGAUACAUAAAGUGACAUUCUUUUGUUAGUGGUAGAAGUGAAUAAGACUUGUUUACAGCCAUUUUGCCUUUCAUAUCCCACUAAGAUUGCCCUAUACAUUUUGGCUCAUUGAACAUAAAAAACACACUUAUUUAUU